UCAGGAUUCAGAGGGCUUCCCCAGACGUGCUGUGGUCCAGUACUUCAUCAGCUGGCUAAAGACACACCCAUCAUCUCUCCUCCUCCUCCUCCUCGCUGUGUUCUGUCCUAUCGCUGGGCAGCACUGAUCUGGACUGGGAGGUCAAAGUUCACACCCUGGAGCUGGUUGAGCUCCUGAUGGAGGAAACACUACCAGGUCACCAGGAGUCAGAGCUGGGGUCAACUCCUCCCCCUUACGGUGGCUCUGGAGGGACAAACCUACUAACACACACUGACCUCACACAUCCCUACGCUGUGACGCCAAGCCAGCCCUCACCCCUUCUAACACACACCCCAACUGACACACACACCCCCCUCACACACACACACCCAACUACAUCUGUAGUGUGUGGUCUGUCUCGGUUGGUGGAGCUCGGUGUUAUAACAGCGUUAUUCAAUGGCCUGUUUGAUUGCGACAGACCUGUAGCUUUAAAAGCCUGUAGUCUGUUGCUACGACUACGAGACGCGGUGUGUCCGUCCCGGUCGCUAGGGAAAGGUGCCAUGACAACUGACGACACAACAGUUGCCAAGGUGACUUUUGAUCUGAGGGGUCAGGUUUGGGAGCGGGAGGUCACGAGGAAGUUACAGGAGAAGAGAGGAUCUGAUUGGGUUAAAGAGUCCAGGGAAGUAGGUUGUGAUAGGCCGAACAAGAACAGAGAUUCUGAUAGGACAGACGGGGCUGGUUCCGAAGCCUGCGAUAGGUCGACGGGGAAGAGUGUGUGUGAGGGUAGUGCGAGGGUGUGUGAGGUGCUGUGGUCGUUGGGUCUAGAGGAGAGGCAGAGUGUGUUAUCACAGAGUAGUGACCAUGUCCAGAACUCACCCCUCUCUCUACUGGAGGACAUUCUGAACGCUACAGACACCUCACACACUGACGAGGUUAUAGUAGACUGUUACUGACACACGUCCUGAUGGACGAACACAGUUUUAUUUGUGAUGAUUGUUUCUCCUCUGUACGUUGACUAGUGACUGUAGUUAGAGUCCCAUUGGGACAUAACUGUUGAUCAUCUCCCAGGAAAAUAAAUAAAGAUACUGU